CCCUUCCGAUGACAGUCGCUCAGAAGUGAAGGCAAAGCAGGGAAGAAGUGCUCCAUGUAAAACCCGUAUUUACUUCUUCUAUGACUUAAAAUAACAAUAAUGUAUGUUUAAGUGAAACAGCUGAGGAUUCUUUGGAUGCGGAGGGAACUAUAACUCAAACAUUUAAGGUGGGACAGUACUGAAAGUUUUUGUUUGGUCACAGUUGUGAAGUGUUCGCCAUUCAUGCGUUAUCUGACUUCUAAUGGCUUCUGAAGAUUUACAGAGAAGGAACCUCAAAGAAGCAGAGGAGCUGGCCUUCUCUCUGGGCGAAGCCAUCAGCAGUGGCGAAUCUGAAGAGGCAGCAAAUCUGUGCAAGAAGCUUUCCCAGCUCUCUGUUACAGUGUCAGUCAAUAUCAAGAGCCACGUCUACCCUCAGGACUCCAUUAGAUUGAUGGUUGGUGUGGAGGAUGCCCAGUCGGAAAACUAUAUCCCAGUGACUCUUGCUGUUUCCACUGGCAUGAAAAUUGCAGAACUUAAAGAUAAGAUCAGUCAUGACUUUGGAUUCCACCCAACACUCCAGCGCUGGGUGAUCGGUAAACGCCUAGCCCACGAUCAGGAAACUUUAUACAGCCACGGCAUCCGCAAGAGCGGAGAUCAGGCUUUCCUGUUUAUCCUCUCUGCCCAGGCAGCGCAACUUACACGGCAGCAACACAAUCAGGACCAGGAACAGCAGCGUUUCGCUAGUAUUGUGGAAUCCAUGCAGUCAAUCCAGCUUUACCCUAGAGGAGUGGGUGGUGAUGACAAAACUGCUCCUCCUCCUGUACUUCCUAAAAACAAGGCUACUCCCCAGCCUGCUGUGGCUGCUAAACCUCAGUUGGGCUGGGCCUGUACAAUGUGCACAUACGUUAACAAGCCAACCCGCCCCGGCUGUGAGAUGUGUGGAGGGGACAGGCCACAGGACUAUAAGGUGCCAGACAUCUAUCAGCCUGACCAGGAGGAAGUUUUGCGCAUUGAACAAGAACGGCUGGCCUUACUGCAAUAUGAAGAGGCUCAGCAGCUGGAACGUGAGAAAAACUACAUGUACUUGUUGGCCACAGAUGAGCAGAACCUCAUUUCUAAUACCACAGAGACAGAUUGUCCCAUCUGCUUCUCCACUCUGGAGCAAGGAGAGGGUGUUGUGCUUAGAGAAUGUUUGCACACUUUUUGCAGGGAGUGUCUCAAAGGGACUGUCAUAAACAGCCAGGAUGCAGAGGUGUAUUGUGCAGACACGGAUUGUGAGAGCAAAUUAUUGGACCGAGAGAUAAAAGAGUUGCUCACAGAGGAGGAGCACCAGCGGUUUCUGGAGCUGCGUUUGAACAUUGCAGAGAGCCGCUCCGAGCACAGCUUCCACUGUCAGACUCCCAACUGUCGAGGGUGGUGCAUCUACGAGGAUGAAGUCAAUGAGUUCAACUGCAGCCUCUGCAAUGAAAUCAACUGCAUUCUCUGUCGGGCCAUCCACAAAGACAUGAAUUGUAAGGACUACCAGGACGACCUGCGCAUCCGAGCAGAGAAUGACAAAGCAGCUCAGCAGACCAAGCAGAUGUUAGAGAACAUGUUGCAGAAUGAAGAAGCCAUGAAAUGCCCACGGUGUGACAUCAUCGUCCAGAAAAAAGAUGGCUGCGAUUGGAUCUGUUGUCUGAUGUGCAAGACGGAAAUCUGCUGGGUCACCAAACAAGCUCGAUGGGGACCAAAUGGACAUGGCGAUACAUCCGGUGGUUGUGGAUGUCGGGUCAACAAUAAGCCUUGUCAUCCCAACUGUCAAAACUGCCACUAAGGGGAGGACACUCAUGAGCUCAGCAUGAUUCAGCUUUAUCAAUGUGAAGAGUUUGGAUUGUCUUAAGCAUCUAACGCAUUACACUCUUGGCUGCAUUAUAUUGUACACACAUUUAUAAACUUUGAUGGCACAUUAACCAAUGCAGGGGAAAAUGUCAUAAUUUAUACAUCUUUCUGCAGCUGAAGAUGCCAACUGUCAACACAAUGAAAAAUACCUCACUGAGAGUUCUUCCUUUAUUAUAUUUCUGCUAAUUAAUAAUACAUUGUGAGAUCCAAUCUCCAGCCAAUCCUUGCAGUUCCUUUUAUCGACCAGCGAGUUUUUGUGCUUUCUGACAAAAAUGGAACAAAAGGCUGUAACACCUAAACAGGUUAAAUGUAAGGAGGUUGCUUUGUUUCUACAGUGUUUAACCUUUGCUUAAUAAUGCAACUCAUCACUUCUCAACAAAGCACCAGAAUAACUGCAAAAUUAAUGUAGCAAUUACUGGAGCCAAUGAAAUGUAAUCAGAGCUUAAUUAAGAUGAAAGUAUUUUGAAGUUGUAAAUCCUGUAUGUUUGUAUUUUACCGACCAUAUAUGAAUUAUUUGGGCAGUCUUCUGUGCUGACUGUGGUGAAGGAUGCUGUUUACAUUGCAUGUUUUUAUAAUGCAAAUCACCUUGUUUUGAUGCACUUGGGGACUUUGAUGUUUGAGGUCUGCAACAGCUCAGAUCAGUAAUUAAAAUGUAUUUUAAUAA